ACUUACAACUUUGGCAAGGACAGAGUUUUUGGUAUUUGAAUAUAUUAUAUAAAAUAUAGCCAGAACUAACACUAACCGUGGCCAUAAUCUUGCAGAUCUCAGCAAAGCAAAGGUCAUAGAAAUAUCUAAAUAUUUAGACUGAAACACAACUUUACACUUUCAGCAUUUGCCACGUAGACUGCAACAAAGGCGCCGACGUUUAGUACGUUUGUAAAAGACAAAUCCGUGAAUCUCACACAGAAUAACAAAUAUUUUAUACAGCAAAAAGAAAACCAAAACCAAGCCCUAUUUUUUAUACUGCUCUGCUAAAAUUAACCAAAGGCUCGAUCGUACAAUCAUACAAAUUUGAAAUAAUCAUAAUCGCGCCAACUUCUCGUCAGCAGCCGCAUUGCGCACAAUGUACGAGCUUCAUAGUUGUUUAAAUUUAGUUUUCUAUGCAACGAUCAUUCCCGGAACGAUCCUAAUUAGUUGGCUGACUGGGCUAGUUGGCCUGCCCUGUCUGGUGAUAGCCCUGCUGCUGUUCCUCGCCUUCUUCGUACUGCUGCCUCUGGCUUUUCGGUCCUCCGUGACACUGCAGCGGGGCAUACUUUUCCUCACAUUUAUUACCUACCCGAAAGGACUUGACCUCACUAAACCGGAUAGCGUUGGACUUUAUGCCACACGCAACUUCUAUAUCACCGUUAAGGAUCAUGACGAAGACGAUGACGGCGUACGCAUUGGUGUCUGGCACGUCCUGCCCAAGAACACAGUGCGCCGAUUUCGGCGAGAGCUGCAUGUGGAGACGGCCUAUGAGGAGGAUGCGGAAUCAGCUGCGUCGCACGACCAGUUGUCCCUGCCCAGCAACAUCGCCGACAACAAUGAGGAGCUAGAGCGAUUGGCACCUGCGCUGCGAGCUGAAUUCCCAGUAAUUGUGCCUGAGAAUGAACAGCUAUUUUAUGAGCGCUUACUACGCGUGCCUGGCGGCUGCGUGGUCCUCUAUUUGCAUGGCAACACAGCUACCAGGGGCAGCGGUCAUCGUUCCGAGGUGUACAAGCUGCUACGGCAACUGAACUAUCACGUCUUUUCCUUUGACUAUCGCGGUUACGCGGACUCGGAUCCUGUGCCGCCCACAGAGGACGGUGUGGUGCGUGAUGCAAUGAUGGUUUUUGAAUACAUUGCGAAUUUGACAUCAAAUCCGAUUUUCAUAUGGGGCCAUUCCCUCGGCACUGGUGUGGCCACCCACAUGUGCGCCAAGCUGGCGAGUUUAAAGGAGCGCGGUCCGCGCGGCGUCAUACUGGAAAGUCCAUUUACAAACAUUCGUGACGAGAUUCGGCUGCAUCCGUUCUCGCGACCCUUCCGACAUCUGCCCUGGUAUGACUUUACGAUCUCGGAGCCAAUGUACAGUAACAAACUGCGCUUUGAGUCGGACAAGCAUGUGGCCGAGUUUCAUCAACCCAUCAUGAUCGUGCACGCUGAGGACGAUGUUGUGGUGCCUUUUCAUCUGGGCUACCGACUCUACCGAAUUGCACUUGAUAAGCGCAGUCGCUCCUGGGGACCGGUUGAGUUUCAUCGUUUUGAUGGGAGUCAUGGCUACGGCCACAAGUAUUUAUGUCGGGCUCCGGAGAUGCCGAGACUGGUGCAAAACUUCCUGGAGACGUAUCGCGAUGCAGUCUACUAGACAAGGAUUCCUUGCUGGAAUGUAGAUCGUAAAUUAUUUAUAAAAGCAACGGAGUAUUUAAAUUAAAUUUUAUACCGCAACAUGUAACAAUAUUAAUCGCACGGUGCAUACAAAUUAAAAUAGUCAUUUAUAGGAUACAAAA